AUGGAUAGGUACAAUUCAAACGCAGCUCCGACAGGCCCGCCCGUACCAACAACAGAACACUUCGCUGACGGUGGUCUAAUAUACUCGAUACUCUGCACUGUGUCACUCUUCCUUAUGCUCGUUCUUGUAAUAAUUUAUUACCGUCUCAACUACAAUCGUAUAUUUGUAUACUUCUGCGUUUCGAUUGUUCUCAUCUUUAUCCCGCACGCACUCGGAGGAUGGAUCUAUGGCGCGCAAUUAGCAAGAGCGCCGACAAUUAUCUGUUGGAUACAGGGACUCUGGAUUAAUGCGGCUAGUAUCGCUGGUGGUUUAACUGUGCUGGUUUACACUUAUGAGAUUUACAGAGGGAUAGUGUUGCAUGUGCCUGAUGACGAAUAUAAGAGGAGAAAAUAUUAUGUUGCGGUCUCAAUAUUGUUCCCUUUACUGGUUGGGUUUGUACCGCCGGCCAUUAUUGCUGAAAAACCGAACGGAAUCUUGCCUGCUGCAUAUUUCUGUUUUCUUUAUAAACCGAUGAUUCCGUUAGCAUUUGUGAGCGUUGAAGGAUGGAACACGCUCUUGGCAAUCCCAGCAAUAUACUUUUCAUUCCGCACGGCGGUAGAAGUAGCAAAAAUAAUUUAUACAAGACGCGGUUUUGAUGCCACACUAGUCACAAAAUCAAUCGGACAGACUAACUCCCAAGUAACAAUACAAACGAUUCAUUCACAAUCCCAAUCGCGCAUUUCCGAUGAUGUUGAACAGUCAUUCACGCCAGCCACUGCUGCCACUACUGCACCCGAUACACCUCACCAACUGUCGUCGCCAUUACGAUUGUCGAAUAAGACGAUAGCAUCUAUUCCCGUAUAUGUAUGUCUAAGGUUAUUGCUAUUUGGGCUGUUGUACAGUGCAAUCACGGUCGGGAUAUCGGGCAGGAAUUUAUAUACGGCGAUCCGAUUAACCGAAUACAACUUCCGCCCUUUUUACGCGGACUAUUUAAUAGCAUCAUUGGGAAUAAUAAUCUGGUUAGUAUUCGGGACGUCAAGAGAAGCGUUUAGAGCAUAUUGGCGAGUUAUCAGACUAGUAUUUAGUAUGCAAUGGAUAAGGCGUGUGAUCUGGUGUUUCCAAAAUGACGAGAGCUUCGGUGAUUGGGAGAUUCAAAGACAAAAAAGGGAAGAAACGGAAAGAAUUAAAAAUUUGAAGAAGACUUUGAAGAGGAAGAAGAAUAUGAUGAAAGCAAAUGGAAAUAUGAGUGUCGCGGAAGGAGUCGGAGACUUUGAUGAUACAGGGAGUCAACAUUCGCAGAUGUCGCAGCAUUCGCAAUAUUCUAACUAUUCAAGAAGGCAGAAUCCUUAUCGAUUGCCGCCACUUGAGGAGUUAUCAGAAAUGGAUAUCUCAGAGACGCACGCGCUAUAA